GGCCAUGGGGCCCGAGGACCAUGCCGCGCUGCUGCACGUAUCCGGGGCCGGCACUCUGUGCCUGGCAGUGGUAGCCGCGGGCGCCCUGGACCAGGUGGCCGUGGAGGUGGGGUACGGGCACUAUGCGGAGCCCCCCGUCCCCUGGCUGCCCCCCGCCCUGGCCAUGCCCUGCAACUCGCUGGUGAACCUGGGCUAUGUGGCGCUGGGCUGGCGCUGGUUUCCCCGGGCCGGCCGCGGGCCCAGCCGCUACCUGCAGGCUGUCUUCGCCCUCCUGGCCCUGGGCUACGGGCCCCUGCAGUGGGCCCGGCUCUGGACCCAGCACCCCCGGGCAGCAGUGCUGGACCAGUGGGUUACUCUGCCCAUCUUUGCCUGGGCCGGGCUCUGGUGCCACUGCCUGGUGCAGGGCUGGCAGCCUGGGCACGUGGCGCUGGGCACAGGGGCCUCGCUGCUGAGCUACGGGCUGGCGCUGGCCCACGCCCGCGGCUUCGAGGGGGCCCUGGCCGCCCAUGUGGCCGGCGUGGCGGUCGCGGCGUGGCGGGCGCAGCGGCGCUGGGGGGACGUGGGCUCAGCCUGGACCGCGGCAGCCGGUUUCGCCGCCUGCCUGGGCUUCGUGCUGCUGAAGCUGGGAGACGCCUGGCUGGCCCAGUGGGACCCGUUCCGGAGACUCAGCGGCCACUUCUGGUCCAAGGUCUGCGACGUGCUGCAGUUCCACUGCGCCUUCCUCUUCGCCACGCGCCUGGGAGGGGCGCCCUAAGCCCCCGUCCAGCCGCCCCCGCUCCCUCCGUGGCCAGGGCGCAGCCUCCACGCAGAAUAAAGGGAUUGGCUGGAA